AGCUACGGGGGUUUCCUUGUCUUUGACUGGAGACCAACUAGCAGAGAGGAGGAUGAUAACAGCAUCCCUUGCUGUUAUUCAGCAAUCACACAUCUCAAUGAACUGCUCGCACAGAAACCACUGAUCGUGCCGACUGCUGUUUGCAGGGCAGAGAUACUGAUCAGUGUCUAAAGACUGCAUCCCCUUUUUUUCUUAUGAAAUUAUUUUUUCAUAGACUCUUUUUUUUUAUUUCGAGGUCUCUGUAGCCUAUCUUUCCACCAUGGUGCUAGGAAAGGUAAAGAGCUUCACAGUAAGCUACGACUGUCUCAAUGACAGCAAUGUCCCCGUCUUCUCCAGCGGGGACUGCGUCUCAGGGAGGGUGAUCAUCGAAGUCACCGGAGAAAUCCGCGUGAAAUCUCUCAAAAUCCACGCUAAAGGAUUUGCUAAAGUUCGUUGGACUGAAUCAAGAAAUGCUGGCUCCAACACCGCCUACACGCAAAACUACACAGAAGAAGUGGAAUAUCUGAACCACAAAGAUAUUUUAAUUGGGCACGAGAGAGAUGAUGACAACUCGGAGGAAGGACUCACCACUAUCCAUUCAGGAAGACAUGAGUAUGCAUUCAGCCUCGAGCUUCCACAGAUACCUCUGGCUACCUCUUUUGAAGGGAAACAUGGCAGUGUUCGCUAUUGGGUAAAGGCAGAACUCCACAGGCCAUGGCUCCUGCCCAUGAAGACCAAGAAGGAAUUUACAGUCUUUGAGCACAUUGACAUCAACACUCCAUUAUUGCUGUCACCACAGGCCGGCACGAAAGACAAGACUCUUUGCUGUUGGUUCUGCACCUCAGGUCCUAUUUCCCUAAGUGCCAAAAUUGAAAGGAAGGGAUACACCCCAGGCGAGUCGAUCCAGAUCUUUGCAGAGAUCGAGAACUGCUCUUCUCGCAUGGUGGUGCCAAAGGCGGCCAUCUACCAGACCCAGACCUUCUAUGCCAAAGGGAAGAUGAAGGAGGUCAAGCAGCUUGUGGCCAACCUGCGGGGGGAGUCUCUGUCCUCGGGCAAAACGGAGACCUGGAGUGGCAAGAUGCUGAAGAUCCCACCUGUCUCACCCUCCAUCCUGGACUGCAACAUUAUCAGAGUGGAGUACUCUCUCAUGGUUUACGUGGACAUACCUGGGGCGAUAAACCUGUCCCUGAACCUGCCCCUGGUCAUCGGAACCAUCCCUCUCCACUCCUUUGGCUCCCGUACCUCCAGCGUCAGCAGCCAGUGCAGCAUGAGCUGGCUGGGCAUGGGUCUGCCUGAGAGACCUGAAGCUCCACCAAGCUAUGCAGAAAUUGUGACAGAAGAGCAGAGGCAGAGCAGUCUGGAUGUUCCAGCAGCCCGCCAGGAGCUGGACGGCCCUCUCUUCGCCUACAUUCACGAGUUCCGCUUCCAGCCUCCUCCUCUGUACUCUGAGAUCGAUCCUAACCCAGAACACGCCAGACGUACCGAGGAGCGCAGGCUCGACGCCUGUCCAUCACGCUGAAGAGUUUUACCGAAAUUCCCCUCACCGACUUGGGGGAUCUCUAAAGAAACCUUCUUGCAAGGCUCUGCUUUGUUUAUUUUUCUGCGACAGCAACGUUCACAAAACACUGUCGACAUCGAGAGAAAAACAAAAGUAACCAACCAAUCGACAAAGACUUGGACACGCACCCACAGUUUGAGUUGGGUUGGACAAACCUGUUCCUGCCUUCCCUUGGCGAAAGAAACAGGAGUCACUAGUUUGGUGCAUCGCUUCCUUCCUGUGUGUGUGUGUGUGUGUGUGUGUGUGUGUGUGUGCCGGCUGAGGGUGGGAUUCAUACAGUGAACACAUAUUCAGUCUGUAUGAAAAACGCCACUGGUAGUAUUGACGAUAAAGAAUCAGCCCGGCUCGGCACCGCCAAGCUCCUCGUUAACCUUGAUUCCUCUUGAUUCUUCUGUACUCAUGGCACAUAAGGACAUGGCUCCUCCUACAAAUGGCAGAACUAAUCAUGUCCCGACUUCAGCAGAAUCACUUAAAGAAAAACAGGACGAAGAGAGAAAAAUAAACAACGUCGUUCUAGCCCCCGUAGUCUGUCUGUGUGAAUGAAAGCAUUCAGCGGCAGCAGUCAACAACGGAGCAAAAACACUAGAUCCUCCUGCCUCAUUUUGAAUUUUUGUUUUGCACAUUUUAUUCCUUACUCGAGUUGUGUGGCUCUGUUUAAUGAGAAUUGAAAAAAAAACAAAAAAAAACAUCACUAAUAGUUUGGUUCCAGCCUCGUAAUGCGCCAGACUAAGAAUACGAGUAGGCUUGAGUUUUACGACUUUCAUCAGCAUUACUUUGAGCAACGCUGAGAACAGGAUUUGAUUUGGGGGGGGGGGGGGGAAGAAGAUUGACAAAAAGGACAAGAAAAAUGCACUGAAUUUGUGUGAGACUUUUUCUUUUUCCUCAUUAUUUUCUUUGGUGACUUAUAAGAACUUGACUGGACUUUUCCAACAACUGCAGCACACUAUCUCCAUCUGGAAGCUUUGUUAAGAUGUUGCCUCCUCAGCUUGGAUCCAAGUGUGGCUGUGGCUUCCCUCCUCUUUUUAGAUUAGUUGUUCUGUUUCUGUAUUUAGCUCCAAACGUAGAAUAGCUUGUAGCUUUUUUUUGUUGGUGAGGUUGCGCUGGAUUUGGACUAGGAGGGUUGCAGACCUGCAUUUGCCACUCAAUUUGUAGCUUAAGAGAAAAGUGUGUCUGUGUGUGUGUGUGUGUGUGUGUGGUAAAUUGUGGAGGGACUCUCCUCACCUUAAUUACCUGCAGCCCCUCUAUUCCUAAUCUCAGGGCAAGCCAGGCUUGCAUAACUGCCCAAAAAGCACUGUCUCAGGUGGUCGUCUCACUUGCCAAAACGCUUGGAGAAAAAAAAAGAGAAAAAAUGUUAUAGGCUUUCUUUUAAAUUGCACUUUUGAAAAAUGAUUUCUUUUUCUUUUCUUUUUUAAACUAUCAUAAUGAGAAGAUAUACCUGCAGAGAAGCAAGGCAGCUUUCUGAGAUGAAUCACAUUCCCUUUUUGUCCUGCUGCACUUGCCCAGUUCAUCCAACCAACAGUUAGAUUUUCUUUACCAGACCAGUGAAGCCAGAAUGCUAGCUAUAUUUUAAAAAAAAAAGGAAAAAGAGGA